AUGAAAAAUAUGUUUCCAAUAAUGAUAGAAUGUGGAUAUCAAAUGCAAAAUUAUUUGUCGAAAUAUGCACGAACGGGUGAAAUAAUUGAAUUUAAAGAAAUAUUUUCAAGAUUUACAACUGAUAUAAUAUCAUCUUGCGCAUUCGGAAUAGAAACAAAUUCAAUAAAUAAUCCCGAAUCAGAAUUUAGAAAUUACGGUAGAAAAAUAUUCGAACCAAGUUUUUUUUUCGUCAUAAGAUUUAUAUUAACAAGUUUUUUUCCAAAAGUUAGAGAUUUUUUUGGUUUGCGUUCGAUACAAAAAGACGUAUCUGAUUUUUUUAUAAAUGUCGUUAAAGAAACGAUGGAUUAUAGAGAAAGAAAUAACGUUAAAAGAAAUGAUUUUAUGGAUUUAUUAAUUCAAUUAAAAAACAAAGGAAAACUCGAUGAUGUCGAUAUAGAUGAUAAAUAUAAAAAAGAUUUAGUAUCUGAAGAACAAACUUUUUCAUUAAAUGAAGCAGCUGCACAAGCUUUUGUUUUUUUUGCUGCCGGAUUUGAAACAUCUUCUACGACUCUUUCAUUUGCAUUUUACGAAUUGGCUAUAAAUCCGGAAAUACAAAAAAAAUUACAAAACGAAAUCGAUGAGGUUUUAAAUGAGAAUGAUAAUAAAUUAACGUAUCAAUCGAUUAUCGAUAUGAAAUAUUUGGAACAAGUUAUCAUGGAAACUCUGCGAAAAUAUCCACCCCUGACAUUGCUAGGAAGAAUGUGCACGACGGAUUAUGAAAUACCGGAAAUGGGUGUAAAAUUAGAAAAAGGAACAAGAGUUAUAAUAUCAUUAUUGGGUUUACAAAGAGAUCCUGAUCAUUUUCCAAAUCCCGAUCUAUUCGAUCCCAAUAGAUUUUCCCAAGAAGAAAUUUCGAAAAGGGAUCAUUUUACUUCCAUGCCAUUCGGUGAAGGACCGAGAAAUUGCAUCGGUAAUAGAUUUGGACUUCUUCAAACAAAAAUUGGAAUCGUAUCCGUUCUAUCUAAAUUUAGUAUAAAACCAUCGGAAAAAACUCCGAUUCCUAUGAUUUUUAGUAAAAAAUCAUUUAUAUUAACUCCAGCAGCUGGAAUGUUUUUAAAAAUAGUCGAAAGAUAA